UGAUGGCGCUGAAAGAGGAGAGUCGAGAACUGCAUGAAACGAAAGACAAAGAUCAAAAUGAGAAACAUCGUGAUUUCAAAACUGAAGACGUAUCAAUUAGAUACUCACAGACUGAAAAGACUUCCUCACCAAAAAAAGCUGAAAAAACACAAAACCUUAAUUCUCAAAUGAGAAUUCAUACUGGAGAGAGCUCUUUCACCUGCCAACAGUGUGGGAAGAGUUUCUCACGGAAAAGGACCCUUGAUGUCCACAUGAUCAUUCACACUGGAGAGAAACCUUUCACCUGCCAACAGUGUGGGAAGUGUUUCUCACGGAAAAGGACCCUUGAUGUCCACAUGAUCAUUCACACUGGAGAGAAACCUUUCACCUGCCAACAGUGUGGGAAGUGUUUCUCACGGAAAAGGACCCUUGAUGUCCACAUGAUCAUUCACACUGGAGAGAAACCUUUCACCUGCAAACUGUGUGGGAAGAGUUUCACGUAUAAAGUAAACCUUAAGACUCACUUAAGAAGUCACACUGGAGAGAAUUCAUUUGUAUGUGAUCAGUGUGGAAAGAGUUUCAAACAUAGUGCAAAUCUUAAUAACCACAUGAGAAUUCAUUCUGGAGAGAAACCUUACAUCUGCAAACAAUGUGGGAAGAGUUUCACACAAAAUGGAGGUCUUAACAAUCACAUGAUGAUUCACUCUGAAAAGAAGCCGUUAAUAUGCCCUCAGUGUGGAAAGAGUUUUACACGGAAACAAAACCUUGAUGUCCACAUGAUCAUUCACACUGGAGAGAAGCCUUUCACCUGCAAAAUGUGUGGGAAGACUUUCACGUAUAAAGGAAACCUUAAGACUCACAUAAGAAGUCACACUGGAGAGAAUCCAUUCACAUGCCGUCAGUGUGGAAAGAGAUUCAGACAUAGUGUAAACCUUAAUAAUCACAUGAAGAUUCACUCAAGAGAGAAGAGUUUUAAAUGUCAUCAGUGCGAAAGGAGUUUCACAGACACAAAUCGCCUUCAGGAUCAUGUUAAAAUUCACAUUGGAGAAAAGCCUCUCAUGUGCCAUCACUGUGGAAAGAGUUGCUCAAGAGAAGAUGGCCUCAAGGUUCACUUGAGAAUUCACACUGGAGAGAAACCUUUCACCUGUGAACAGUGUGGAAUGAGUUUCAGGGUUAAAGAAUACCUUCAGAUUCACAAGAGGAUUCACACUGGAGAGAAACCUUACAAGUGUCCUCAGUGUGAGAAGAGAUUCACAUUUCAAAGCAGCAUGAAACGUCAUUUGAAAACUCAUUCUGGGAAGAAAUAGCCGUUUUCUUCAGUGUGGCGAGGUUUAGAAAAAGGAGUAAUUUUUACAAUCAUCUGCACAAUCAUUUUGGUAGACAUUCAAUUGUAGUCAGUGUAAGAAAAACUUUUUUUGCCAUCACACUUACAGAUACAUGUGAAAAGUCAUGCAAAUGUGAGACCGUUUGUGUUCUUUCAGGGCUCUCAAGUUUUAUCAAAAGUUUGGAGAUUACAUCUGUUAGGGGAGGAGCCUAACUUUAUGUAAGAAUGUAUAGGUGACCAAAUGACUGUUCUGUUGUUUAGAUGUGAUUGUAUGUUGUUAUUUAUUUUCUCUUUCUAAAAGAAAAAAAAAAAAGAGCUAAUUGUGGAGGAUUUACUGCUCAACAGAUCCUGAGCUCAUUGACAAAUAUCUUGGAAGAUGUGCUCCUUUACACAGAGGGCAGGCGGGACUGGACACAAAAAUCGCAGGAGCGGGUGGUAAUGGUAAGAAAUUCAGCGGGA